GCCGCUGAUCCUGUCUCACAGACGUCCCCAGCAUCUCCUGCUUCCAGCGCCGUGCGGGACUCCUCUUCUUGUGCGAAGAGCUCUUCUCCAAUCCGUUGCGCCCUUCUUCAAUUCUUCCCAGCACAGCAACAACAACCACAACCAUGCCAGGUGGUGGAGUUGUCCCCGUCACCGGCACGGCUGAUGUCAGUCGUGUCGAAGCCCCCGUUACUGUUCGUGCGUACUUGAUUGUUGCUUUCGCAGCUUUCGGUGGUAUCUUCUUUGGAUAUGACACUGGUUGGAUGGGAGGCGUCCUGAACAUGGACUACUUCAUCAAGCAAUACACCGGAGCAGAGUACCCCGACGUUCGAUUCCCCGGCCUCGACCACCUGAACCCACAGAUCACCGACUACCGAAAGAACACCUUUGUCAUCGCUCCAUGGCAACAAUCACUCGUCACUUCCAUCCUGUCUGCUGGUACUUUCUUCGGUGCCAUUGCGGCUGGAGAUAUUGCAGACUUUAUUGGACGCCGAAUUACCAUUAUCCUGGGAUGCGCCAUCUUCGUUGUUGGUGGUAUCCUUGAGACUGCUUCUACUGGCCUCGGUGUCAUGACUGCUGGUCGUCUUAUUGCUGGUUUUGGUGUUGGUUUCAUCUCCUCGAUUGUCAUUCUGUACAUGUCGGAGAUUGCACCCAAGAAGGUCCGUGGUGCCGUUGUUGCGGGCUACCAAUUCUGCAUCACGAUUGGUAUCUUGCUGGCCAACUGCGUCGUCUACGCUACUCAGGAGCGCCGCGACACUGGCUCCUACCGUAUCCCAAUUGCCGUCCAGUUUCUGUGGGCCAUCAUUCUCGCUGUCGGUCUCGCUCUUCUUCCAGAGUCUCCUCGAUUCUGGGUCAAGAAGGGAAAGCUUGACAAGGCUGCCGCUGCGCUUGGUCGUGUUCGUGGCCAGCCCCUCGACUCAGAGUACAUUCAGGAUGAGCUGGCUGAGAUUAUUGCCAACCACGAGUACGAGAUGUCUGUCGUUCCCCAGACCAGCUACCUUGGCUCAUGGAUGGCCUGCUUCGAAGGCAAGAUUAGCAAGGCCUCGUCCAACUCGCGCCGCACUACGCUCGGUAUCUGUAUGCAGGCUAUGCAACAGCUGACUGGUAUCAACUUCAUCUUCUACUUUGGGCCUGUUUUCUUCCAGCAGCUCGGUUCCAUCAGCAACCCCUUCCUCAUCUCUCUCAUCACCACCCUCGUCAACGUGUGCUCUACCCCAGCCUCGUUCGUCAUGGUUGAGAAGAUUGGACGUCGCCCUCUGCUCAUUUUCGGUGCCGCUGGUAUGGUUAUCAUGCAGUUCAUUGUCGGCGCCAUUGGUGCCACUGCUGGCAAGAACACGGCUGACCACCCCGCCAACCCGAACGCCACUCGCGCCAUGAUCGCCUUCAUCUGCUUGAACAUCUCCGUCUUCGCCACCACUUGGGGUCCUUGUGCAUGGAUUGUUAUUGGUGAAAUUUUCCCUCUUACCAUCCGAUCUCGCGGUGUUGGUCUCUCGACUGCCAGCAACUGGUUCUGGAACUGCAUCAUCGGUAUCAUUACUCCCUACCUUGUUGCCGACCGUGAGGACUCGGCCCGCCUCGGUUCCAACGUCUUUUUCCUAUGGGGUUCUCUCUGCUGCAUCUCCUUCCUCUUUGCCUACUUCUUCGUUCCCGAGACCAAGGGUCUUACUCUCGAGCAAGUCGACAAGAUGUUGGAGGAGAGCACUCCUCGCACUUCUCGCAAGUGGAAGCCACACAGCACCUUUGCUGCCGAGAUGAACCUGGCUGAGAAGCACCUUGAAAUCCCAGUUGAGAAUGUCACUACCAAGGUGGAGUCUUCUGCCGCUUAAGCAGGUCUCGCGGAAGACAUUUGUCACGUGAAUACACGGUACACGAGAUAGGUUUAUGUGGAAUCAUGAUGUUUGGUGGAUGAUAUGUAAUGUGUAGAAGCUACAAUAUUGGUCUGUUGCAUUGAUUGCGACGAUGUAGCUUCACUUGGUUGGAAUCUUAUACCCAGAGCCAGUUAUGACUGGUCUCUAUGCU